AUGGACCAGGUGCCCUGCUACUUCGAGACAGAGCCAAAGUCGACGACCACAACUCGGGGCUCUCGUGAGGUGCUGCUACGGAAAGGUGGAUCAAGCCAACGGCGAUUCACCGCGACGUUCACGAUCACGGCUGAGGGCAAGGUGCUGACACCCCACCUCCUCUUCUCCAAGCUGAAGAACAAGCCGACGUGUCCCCCAGCUGUCAUGGUCGACGUCAACCCCACUGGCAUGUGGGGCGCGGACAUUCUGCUGGAUCAUGCGCGCAAGGUUGUCUGCAGCAGGAUGGAGACGCAGCUGUACCGCGAACCGGUGCUGUACAUCAUCGACUCCUACGGCUGUCACGUCAAGUUUGCUGAUUCCAAGCGACUUGAAGCGUACAACAUCUUUGUUCUGGUGGCGCCGCCAAACAUGACCACCAUCUUGCAGCCACCCGAGCAUCAAGCGUGCUUUCACGUUGUGCGGUAUGGUGCCCAAUACCGUCAGCUCACUGGCGAGGACGGCAGGGAGCAGCUCGACAUCAGUACACCGCAGUGGUACCUGCCGGACGACCGCGUGGCCAGCUUGUUCUGUUGCCUACUCCACGGCAUUGGAACGCCCCUCCCGGAGUGUGUGGCCGAGUUGACGAGCUACAUGGAGACUCUCAGCGACCUCGACGGCCUCUUCGAUGCGGACUGCAUGGCCGGAUUCCGAGAUGGGACUGAGGAGCCUGGUGAACUGGGGCUUUACGCAGCGUCUCAGAUGCACCGAAGGACCAUGGAAGUGGUAUCCAAGUUCUCGUACACAGUAGACAACCCCGUGAAAACAGUGUGUCUGGCUCGUUCCGGGUCCUACUUCGCAGUGAAGGAGUUUAAUGGCUACGCCAUUAACUUAUAA